CUGGACUACAUUUCCCGUGAUCCUCAGCUGCACACUAACAAAGGCUGGCCAUCUGCCGCUGGCUAUAAUUGGUCUCUGUACGCUGAGCGCGCUUGUAGUACAGGAUUCGGAGUCACGUGACACUUGUCGCUGGCCAGCAGCGGGUUAAUAUAAGAUACUGCGCCUCUCCUCGACGCCACCUAGUGACGUAGAACGCCUGGGGUCCUUCUGACGUAGUUGUCCUACGCUGCCUGUUUCGGUCGGCGAUCUGGUUGGAGGUAUCGGCUUGACUCGGAGUGACCGUGAAUCAGAGGAAGCGGCGGCCCCGGAGCUCCCGGUGGGCCGAAGGAAGCCCGGGGCUUGGCUGGGGGAGAGGUAGCCGCGGGGCCGGCCGGCCGGUACGUGCUGCUCGUUGUGGACGUGCGCGGCGUGAUAUGCGUCAGGCGGCGUGUGUACGCGGCGGGGGGUAUUAGAGGGAGGGGAGACCCGGAGGACGCGGGGGUGUGCUCAGGUGAGAGUGGGGGGCUCGGUGCGGUGGGCAGGUGUUUGGCCAAUGUAAGGUAAGCGCGCAGGGCCAUGCCCUCAAUACUCCACACCCGGAACCGGCAGGACCCUCUCACCCCCAUAGAGCAGCCCUGCUCCUGCCGGGGUCCGGGGAAGGCAGUGGGUCAUGCCAACCGGGAUUAGCCGGGCUCUUUGUGUUACCGGCAUUGUUCUGUGUGUGGCUGGUUCCUGGAAAACUCCAGGGCUGAGCGAUGUGGGUUCUGGGACCCCAUGGUAACUCCAGGGCUGAGCGCCGUGGGUUCUGGCACCCCAUGGUGUCUCCAGGGCUGAGCGCCGUGGGUUCUGGCACCCCAUGGUGUCUCCAGGGCUGAGCGCCGUGGGUUCUGGCACCCCAUGGUGUCUCCAGGGCUGAGCGCCGUGGGUUCUGGCACCCCAUGGUGUCUCCAGGGCUGAGCGCCGUGGGUUCUGGGACCCCAUGGUGUCUCCAGGGCUGAGCGCCGUGGGUUCUGGCACCCCAUGGUGUCUCCAGGGCUGAGCGCCGUGGGUUCUGGGACCCCAUGGUGUCUCCAGGGCUGAGCGCCGUGGGUUCUGGGACCCCAUGGUGUCUCCAGGGCUGAGCGCCGUGGGUUCUGGGACCCCAUGGUGUCUCCAGGGCUGAGCGCCGUGGGUUCUGGCACCCCAUGGUGUCUCCAGGGCUGAGCGCCGUGGGUUCUGGGACCCCAUGGUGUCUCCAGGGCUGAGCGCCGUGGGUUCUGGGACCCCAUGGUGUCUCCAGGGCUGAGCGCCGUGGGUUCUGGGACCCCCUGGGUAACUCCAGGGCUGAGCGCCGUGGGUUCUGGGACCCCCUGGGUAACUCCAGGGCUGAGCGCCGUGGGUUCUGGGACCCCCUGGGUAACUCCAGGGCUGAGCGGAAUGGAAAAGUAAGAUUGAAAUGUACUUAAUUUACUUGGCUUUUUUUUUUUUGCAUUGCACUAAUGAAGAUAAAGGGAAAAGAACAUUGAUUAGCAAUAUAGUGAUUAAGGUGAGAAAUUGCUCAAUAUACCUUUGCAACUUCUGAAAGAGAGGCCGGUAUCGGCUGUGUUGCAGUUUGUUUUUUAAAGCUAUAGCUAUUCUACUUUGUUUACAGGAGCGUAUUGGUUACUCUCAGCAUGGAUAAUAAGGAAGAAACUGACAGCAAAAAUCAUUUUAGUGAUCCCAAAAAGGCCCCCCGAAACAGAUCUUUGCAUCAUUAUUCUAAGGUAAGUAAACCAGGCAUUGCUUUGAAAAACUUGGAUUGCCUGACUGAAGUAGCUCUUGCAGGUUUUGGGCAUUCUCCCCCUCCAUCUCGCCUAGGAGUUUUGUAUUCAUGUUUAAUAUCCACUCAACAAAUUUUUAGCUUUAAAUAUGAAACUUGCUUUGAAUUUAAAACUAUUCUCUCCUUGCUGAAUAAAGUUAAUUUCUAUGUCAUUUCUCCUAAUCUUACUAUCUGAAUUCAUUUUUUUUUUAUUUAUUUAUUUUUCCCACACUAAUAUCUUGACUUUAACUGUUACCACACUGUCGUGUAAGCAGAGAUCCAAUGUCGGUCAUUGAAGUUUUAUUUGUAACUUUCAGGAGGAGCUCUUGGAUAUUAAAGAACACCCACACUCAAGACAGCGACCAUCUUGUUUGCUGGAUAAAUAUGACAGGUAUUGCAAUUGUCAAUGUAAACAAUCACAAAACCCUUUUGUAAUUCUAUCAUAGAGAAGGGCUGGCCACAAAGUUGAUCCUUGGAUGUUGUAGAAUUAAAACUUCCAUAAUCAUCUAGCAUGUAACAUCCAAGGGUCAAGUUUUUGGCCAGCCCUGCUCUAUGACUUAUUCCUGGAAAAGCAAAGUGGCUCUUUGUAUUACACCGUGGCGAUGUAAAAAGACUUUAUUUUGUAUUGCUGUUCCCAUCUGACUUGCAUUCUAUUGCUGACACAGUGAUGGUGUUUGGGACCCUGAAAAGUGGCAUGCAUCCCUUUACCCAACCUCUGGACGCAGCUCUCCCAUAGAGGCUUUGAAAAAGGAGUCUGAUUCAGAGAGGACCUCUCUAAAACGAAGGAUUGCAGGUUUGUAGACCUUAUUUAAUCACAUUGGCUAUAAUGCUGUACCAUUGUUUUGUAACCAGUAGGCACAUUUAUAGCCAAUAGAUUUAAAAUCUAUUUUGAGAAAAGGCUGUUUAAGUUGAUCCCCUUUUCUGCAUAAUUUAACUGUCCCAUAUUUUACCAAAUGUGCUCUUCUUGACUUUUGCCUAUUAUGAUUGUAGCCUGAUAGUAGAAAUAGAAGAUCUUAACAUGCUUCCUGGUUUUCCAUUUCUAGCAGUGUUAUUUGGACUGCUGCUCCCCCCUCCCACCACAAAUAUAACAUUGUAAUCUGUAGACCUUAUUAAUUCCUUACAGAUCCCAGGGAACGUGUGAAGGAAGAUGACUUGGAUGUGGUCCUUAGCCCGCAGAGGCGUAGCUUUGGGGGUGGAUGCCAUGUCACAGCUGCUGUCAACUCACGUCAAGCUGGUAGUACACUGGACAACAAGGAAAAUGAGAGCUUGCGUCUCAUGGGUGGCCGUAGAAUUGGUAGUGGAAGGAUAAUGUCUGGUAGAGGUUUUGACCGUGAUAUACGAGGGGGAGAAAAAGACAUGAGAGAACCUCGUGAGACUCGAGAGCGAGAAAAGGAAUAUAAAGAAAAGAGAUUCAGGGUGAGGUCACCCGGGCUCUUGGGCUCUUGUGAACUGCAGGCUAAUAAACUGUGUCUUUGCAGCUCGUUACUGGUAAAGGCUGGCCUUUUCUCCUUGGUUUACAUAUGUCUAGUUUUUAAUAUUUUGUACUCUUCUGUUAAACACCACAGAGGGAAUUUGGUGAUGGCAAACGUAUCUUUGGUGAGCGACGGAGAAAUGAUUCUUACACAGAGGAGGAACCAGAAUGGUUCUCUGGGGGACCCACUAGCCAGUCUGAGACCAUUGAACUUACUGGUUUUGAUGAGAAAAUCCUAGAGGAAGACCAGAAGGGAAGGAAGCGGACUCGUAGGCGCACAUCUCACAAAGAAGGCAUGUAAAAUGGUUGGAAUGCUUGAAACAACCCCAUUUUCUAUUUAUUUUUUUUAUUACUUUUUCAGCUGAACCCUUGUUUAAAAUGUUAACACUGUGGCUGUUGAGAACACUCUUCCAAGAACAUGCAGAGUCUUUUGGAAAAUGUUAAAACCUAGCCAAUAUAAAAUUGUGGUUUCCAAGAAGGAUAAUAUAUAUACCUCAAGCAAGUUAGACCCUUGAUGUGAACCUGUCAUUACAUCUUCACUUGAAAAGGACAAUCCAGGGUCCAACAUAGCCUCCCCUCUUCCAUAAAUUCUUAAUGUUUGUAUGCUUUGCAGAAUUCAGCCUUACACUCUGUCUCCAUUCUAGCAUGCUUUCUUCUUGCGAAUUACAUUACAUCAGUACAUGAUGUUACAGUUCACUUUUUAACUCUCCUCUUAAUGGCUCAUCCACCAGCACAACUAAGCAUUGAGAUUAAUUUACAACUCAUCACUUUGUGAAAGAAACCCUCUGAAUACUUUGACUCUGGCUGCCCAAUGUCUGUGUGUUUGUGUGUGUGUGUUUUUAUUUUUUAAUUUUUUUAUUAUAUUUCUGUCCAAAUUUUGCCGUUUACGAAUUGAGCUUGUGAGGAGAUUUACGGGGUGAUCUUUAUGAAAAUAUUUUUAGUGUGUAUAUAUUAUCAAUAAUUGAUAUCUUGUCACUGUUUACCAGAUUUAUAUUUAAAGCUGUGAAUUAUCCACUAUCUUAAUUCUCAUAGAACCUGGAGUAAGUUUUCAUUGAAGGAUUUUUAUUUCACCCAUUAAUCACAAAUUAUAAAAAUAUAAUUUAUUGUGACAAUAAUAUUCGCUAAUAUUAUCACGCAUGUUACAUAUUUAGGUAUAACAUAAGUAUACAAUAUGGCAGUGGUUUAACACAAUUACAGACCGCUAAAUAGCAAGUUAUAUCGACAUGUAUGCAUUUUUCAACAGGAUUUACGACAGGACACUUUACUUUGAAAUUAACUUAACGCACAGCUUAAAGCAAUAAAAACUUGGCUGACAGUCAAAUCACGCUAAAUUAACUCAUUUGCUGCUGGUUGCAAUUCUCAUAGGCAAGAUAUCUUAUAUUGCAAUUUUACAAAUGCAAUUUCUCAUAACAGAUCAUUUAACAUUCUUAUGUCCAUCCAAUAAGAAUAAUUCUAACCAGACUUUACGUUUGCAGAAUUUGUACUUUCCUAAUUGAAGACUUACUAUUUCUAAAUUACAUAAGCUAAUCUAUCUGGAUAAUUGCCUGGUAUUCUAAUUUUUAAAGUUAAAAGUAAUGUAGAGUUCAUUGGUCCACCUGCAGGAAUGUUAUUCCGAAUUCUAUAUAUUAACGAAUCAUGACUCCUCAAUGUUGGAAUCACCAGCUUUUAUCAAAGUAUAUUCUGCCUUUUAGUAAAAUCAAUUAAUUUAAAUUCAAUUUAAAUAAAACCAGCAUAAUUAUGUUGUAGAUUUUUUUUUUUUGCAUCAGAUUUGUAGAUGUGUCCCAGGAAUUUUGAAUCCAAGUAUGAUGUUUAGAGAAUUGUAUGAAAAUAGAAAAGUUUUCAGAAUUCUGAAGUUGUUAGUUGGAAAAGAUACAAAGAUUUAGGUGUGUUCCGCUUUGGCUCCAGAUGUCAAUCUUAGAUGUGAGUCCAUCCUCAAAGAGUGUCUGGAGAGUGUAAGUUGAGUCUUGAGUGUCUUGGUAUUAGAGCGUUCCCUCUCUCCUUUUGUCCUUAAUUUUUAUGGGAGAAAUUCUUUGUCAUGCCAUGUGCCAUCCUAUCUUCCAAACAUGCUGCUUAAUUGUCCAUAAAGUCCUAUUAAAGUGGCUUGUCGCCAAAAUAAGACUUCUGAGAUUUUCUUAAAGGUAAAAUCUUUGUUGGAAUUUAAUAAGGGAAGAUAAAUAAAUAAGCACAUUUUACAAAGUCGAAAGAUAUAGGUAAAAGUAGGAACAUGUCACUAGUAAGGGCUGUUGGAAUUGGCCACCUUCUCACAUGAGUUGGUCUACGCAGGAUCCUACAGAUAUCGAUCAGAUUGUUUUAGGACUUGUAUCGAUUGUGGACUGUGAAGUCAAGACUCUAACACCUAAAUUAACAUUCAUGUUCACGUUGGAAAAAUAAUUGGGUACUGUAUGGUUUGGCCAUAUCCAGAACAGAUGCUAGUAUCAUUGUGGCAACUUUAUCAUUGUCCUAAACAAUGAUCUCUCCCAUACCGCAAUGGGUAUUCCAUCUCUCAAACAAUUAUUAAUCUGUGUCCUGGCUUCACCUGAGGCUACCUUAAACCUAUUUUAUAAAUUAUAUUGUAAACUCUUCCUAGUGCUACUGCGUCAGUUGAAACCUUUGCUUUCUAACAUGUCUGGUUUUUGUUAACCCCUUAAGGACACAUGACGUGUGACAUGUCAUGAUUCCCUUUUAUUCCAGAAGUUUGGUCCUUAAGGGGUUAAUUAAAGUCAGAUACAAAAGGUGUAAGUGCAGCAAUAACACAAUGUGGUGAGAUCACCUGGCAGUGAUGACACAGCUUUAACUUUAAAGGUGUGGUACAUGCAUUUAAUAAAAAAGUGGAUUUUUAGUUUAACUCUUAAAUUCUUUUUCAACCAUUAAGUAGUUUUCUUAUCUAGUACUGCCAUCACAACAGGUUUGUGAGUGUUACUCAAAUGUAACAUACAUUCUGCCUUCAUUUCAUAUAGUCAGUCUGGGUGCAGUCUUCUGGAGGUUUUGCCAAUCUGUUAAAGGGGUAUUUGUGUAAACCAGAGGGUUCCUCGGCAUCUCAAGGCAACAUAUUUUUAGAUUUCCGAAACCUUCACCUCGUUCGGCAAACUUUUUAAUGGCUGGAUAUCGCAUCUUACAAAUUUCAACGUAACAUAUAUAUUAAAAUGUUUUCGUUUGAGGCCAUGUCUGUUUUCAGUAUGUCAGACUAGAGGCAGACUCUUCUCUCACUGAGUAAUCUGUGGUAAUCCUGCUUGUGGUGGGAUUUCUUUUUUUUUUUUAAUUCCCCUUCCCCAUAAAAGCUUAAAUGUUAAUACACAGAAUAAUUCUCUCCUAUUCUAGGAUUGGAAUGCAAUGGAACAGUACUGGAAGAAGAGACUGCUCUACCUCCUGAACACACAACUGACCAGGAAGUGCCUCAAGCGCCAACUCUAACAGGCCCAAGGGAUUUUGACUUUGAUGAAUUCUUUAACUUGGAUAAAACUGUGCCAGGCCUGGCCUCGGUGAGUUCUCCUGGGAACGUGUGCACCAUGGAAGCAUCAACUCUGUUUAAUUUGAAAACUGUGGGGAAACAAGUCUUUAACUGUGGCAUUGUCUAGUGACUCAAAUGAUGCUUCCAUGGUAUAUCACUUGGAAUACUGGGGAUUUUGAACACUUGGGUUUUGUGCACACAUGUGGUGAUUUCACUGGCUAGUGGGUAUGCAUGAAAUUUAUGGUGUUAUACCUGGCUUGAUAUUUCACAAACUACUUGCAAUCUUCAUAGUAGUCAGACUUAUUUGUUAUCAGUAUUUGGCUAUUGAUAUUGAAAUGCCGAAAAAAGGCCUUGUUGCAAAAAAGUCCUUUCAAAGGUCCAUCUAUUUUUAUUGGAAAUGGUUUUUUGUUUUGGUCAGUGUGUAUUUAGAGGCUGCCAGAUUGGGUGGCAAUUUCUGCUGUUGUCGUAGGCAGUUUUCGCAGGGUUUUUUUUUUUUUUUUCUGUAUUGGUUGUUGUUUUUUUGGGGUUGUGACACAUGUUCAGUAAGACUUAUUACUCUGGAACCAGAUAUGACGCACCCACAGAGCAGCCACAUCUCUUGCAAGUAAGUGUCUCUAAAACCCAGCUCAAGCUUUCCCUGUUCUCUCGAAAUGUGCAUCUUUGAUUCUAUAUUUCUCCUGUCUCCGCCCAUUAGAUGAUUGAAGAUGUACUUGGAGAAGGGUCAGUGUCGGCCAGCAGAUUCAGCAGGUGGUUUUCUAAUCACAGUCAUUCAGGGAGUCGUUCCAGUAGUCUGAGAUCAACGCCUCACGAGGAGCUGGAGAGGCUAGCAGGUACAUCUACGAAUGUGUGUAGGGAAGGGUUGCAAUAAACUCUCUUAUGCAGGUAACUGUAUCUGGCAACAUUGAUCCUAGUAGAGUGAGGGCAUUGUGCACUGGUCCUAUCCAAUCUUGAACUGAUCGAAGUGGGAAGUUCUCAACUAGAGGUUAUAGGGGAUAUUUUGUAGCUUAUUUAGAAGGCAGGAACAAGACUUUUGGGAAUAGAUUAAGGGGACACUCAAAGAAUCACAACCACUACAACACAAUGUAUCACUAAUGGUGCUGCGGGACCUAGAUUAACCGCUUAAGUCUGACUGCUUAUUUGGGGAUUUCCUGCUGCUCUUGGCAGCCUCUGCAGGACAAAGCUCACUGCACUGAACGAGGGGCAGGGCUUGGUUCAUUGGCUGACCGCAGUCAGCAUAUAGCCUUGCAAGGGAGCUAGUCAAAGUUGCAAAAGCUUUCAGGCUGUCAAGGUAACGGACAAGAACAGGAGUGACUACAUACAAUUUAGAUGGCAUUUCUGGCACCAUAAUCACUACAGUGUGUGCGUAUAUAAUUUUUAACAGGUGAAGGUUUAAAAAGAGGUUGGAGAGUUAAGUACUACAUUCACGUGCAUUCUUCUCUUCGCAGGCUUGGAACCAGUACUUUCCUCCCAUGGACAGAGCUCUGGAAAUUAUUUUGCUCCCAUCCAGUUUGAAGACCAUACUGACAAAGUGGAUAUCUUGGAGAUGUUGCAUAAAGCCAAAGUAGACUUAAAACCAUUACUGUCCAGUCUAACUGCAAAUAAAGAAAAGCUGAGAGAGAGCAGUAAGUCUUGAGUGGGAUGCAAGCUUUUAUAGAUCUGUAAAAUUUGCUCAACAUGGUUUAACUGUUAAAUAUAACUUUUCCAGCACAUUCAGGGGUGGUGUUGUCUGUGGAAGAGGUUGAAGCUGGGCUCAAAGGGUUAAAAGUAGAACAAGAAGGAAAGAUUGCAACACCAUUCAUGGCUGAGCACUUAGAGGAGGCCCUGACUGCUAUGGCUGGACCAAGGAAACCUCGCCGGGAUGGAGACAUGUCUGCCUUCAAUAAACUUGUAAGCAGCAUGAAGGCAAGUGGGACUUUGCCUUCCCAACCCAAAGUCAAUGUAAGUAGAUACCAGCUGUCUGUGCAUUCCUGUACCUGUUAGAUGUGGCCGGUAGUCCUUACGAGUACACUUAUUGUUCAAGCAAGAUCUGCUAAUUAGGUAUGGCUUUUGUAAGCAUUGACCUGUAGCUUUUUGGUUAGUACUUGGUCUGUUUCCGCUUGCUGUGGUCUUUGCUUUUGUGUUUUUGAUGGUGAGAAUGUUAUGUCCCUCUUGGCAUGAAGAGUGUCCAUCUCUGAAAGAUUAGUUGUGGCUUAGUAAGUAGUCCUAGCAGACCUGCAUGCAGUUUUGUGUUCUACUGUGACAUAUCAUGCCUGGUUUAUAGCUGUAUUCACUAAUAAAUGGCUGGCACUGGGAUGUGGGUGUCACAUUUUGGCAAAAUGUCUUUGAUUUGGUAACCUAACUACAGUGAUCUAAUCUUCUAGCGAAAUCUUGAUGCUCACUUGAUGUCCUCAUCUGUUACGGGGAACUCUCUUCAACGUAACAUUUUGCAGGUACAAACUUAUUUUUUUUUUAUUUUUUUUUGGAAUGUGCGGAUGGCGUUUCUCUAGAUUGUUUUUAGGGUUUAAUAUACUGAUAUUACUGGUGUUAAUGUUUCUUGUUAACGUUCAAAUCCUUCAUUUUAGGAGCUUCUUGGUCCCCCCAUAUCUGACCCAUCCUCCAAUGUGAUUAACAACCUGAUGGGCUCUCUAGAUGCUACAGCCUCUCUGAGACACAGAUCGCCGUCUCCUCAAAUGCCUCAAGUGUUUCCCCCACGUGCCUCCUCUGCGGAUUACCUUAGAAACAGGAUACCCUCCCCAUUGGGUUAGUGUCUGCAUAGCUUGCAGGUUUAGUAUGUAUUUUUAAUAUGCUUAUACUUAAAAUAAUUCUGUUCUGUAUAGGUUUUGCCACAGGACCUCAGCACCUCCUCGGUGAGCAGUUCCCAACAGGUGUGCCCAAGUCUGACAGCCCUGUGAUGGCACAGGUAAGGUUUUUUUUUUUUUUAUAUUUUAUUUAUCUGGAUGUGUAUUAAUGGGACUCUUCAAUUUCUGUCUGUCUUAUUUGUGUUUUGGCUUGGCUUAGACAAGGUGACUGUGUAUAUUGUUUACAGCCUGUAAGGCACCAUAACUACAGCUUAAUACAUUGAUUAUGGUACAAAGAUGUCUUUUGUUUGGCCUUAACGUUAUUGAUGUCUUGCAGAUUUUCAUGAGAUCUAACAUAGUUUGUGUUCAGUUCCAUGUUAAUGUCCUAGUGUAUAGACUAAUUGAAGCAUUUCUUUGAUCUGUCAUAUUUUAGGUAAACCCACUAGCACUGCACCAGCCCUCUUUGGAGGGCUUACUACCACAUGAUCUUGCAAACUACUAUCAGCCAGUUUAUGGCAAAAUGCAGAUGGACAAAGCCAGAGAUGGCUUCCGUAGCCGGUAAGUAAAACAUUAAGAGGUGCUGUUUUGUGAGUUGACGUUUAUGUGCUGUUAAUCUUGUGUUUUUUAUUUUUUUUAUUUUAUUUUUUUUAUUUUUAGACCUCCACAGAGGAUCAAUAAAUCCCCAGUGCCCAACUUACGAGGAAAACAAAUAUCACCAGGGCCAGGUGGCCCAGUCACUAGUAUGGUAUGUAAUCUGAUUUUCAGUUUUUGUUUUUGUUUUUUUUUUCUGCAGAUUGUAACUGCUAGCACAUGCGCAAUGCAGGUAAAGGAUCGAUCUCUUAAUGGAGCAUUGAAAGCACCAUAACUACUAUGGCAUGAUGGGUGUUGCUCCAUUACAGUCAAUAGGGAGACAGAAGUGAUGUCUGAGAAGCCCAGCAGCGCAGGGCUUGACUUGGGUGAUCUUUAUAGAAGCCCCUAAGCAGGAGUAUCUGGCUCGCUGUAGGGGAUGUGGAGAGCAGCAUCCAGCAGAUUAACAGGGCUAUAAGUAAACAGCUGCCACUGUACUGAAGACCUUGGAUACAUAGUGGUUUUGUUUUUAAACUUAAUUGAAUCGGAAACGGCAUUUAUUUUUUUGUUUUGUUAGAAACAUAGAAACCUAGAAUGAGAUGGCAGAUAAGAACCAUUUGGCCCAUCUAGUCUGCCUAAUUUUCAAAAAGAUUAGUCCCUGGGUCCCCCCACUUGUCUCAUUUUUCCUCUAAGCAAUAAAUGUUAAGAUCCUUUAACAUUCCCUUGUAAGUUUUAUCCUGCAGUCCAUUAACCAGUUUAGUAGCCCUUGUAUGUUCCUUGUAUGUUCCUUGUAUGUUCCUUGUAUGUUCCUUGUAUGUUCCGAACAUAAACUUCAUUCCCGUCAUGAGAUUCCUGAUGUUACUCUUUUAACUUAUUGAAUUCCAGAUUUGAUGUGGUUUACAUGGUUUUUGUCCUUUUUAUAGCUUUCUCCGUCUUUCACGCCUACCUCAGUAAUCCGUAAGAUGUAUGAAAGCAAAGAGAAGAGUAAAGAUGAAACAUCUAGCGGAAAGCAUGGCAUCCGUGGAAAGGAAGAUAAUCUAGGGCUCCAUGAGGGUAAUAGAACUUUAUUUCUAAAUGCAUUUAUGGGGAGAAUGUAUCAAAGCUGGAACAAACGCAAACCUGAAUUUUCUCAGUCCUGCUCCUUCCAUUGUGUUUAAUGGGAGCAUUAUGCAUAAUUGCUACAUGAAACUGCAAAUUAAUGGAACCUUUACCACUUCUUCCUAUGAACUUGAUUAGUAAAUUCAUUCAUAAAUUAAGCUACUUAAGGCUAUACAGGCUAUACAGGCUCACUCUGGAAACUGAUGGGCCAUGAUGAAAUAACCAAACUUGUAUGUGGUACACACAACAUGCUUUAGCAAUGCCAGAGCUGGGAUUGGACAUUGCAACGAUAUAUGCAAGUUAAUGGAAAUUAAAUUAAUAGGGUGGACAGGCUGAGAUACUUAAAUUGUAACCUAAAAGAGGAAAGCUAUGGUGCAUGGAGGUAAUACGUAAACCCCCCCCUUGUGAACACAAAACCAUCUCUAGUGUUGAUACCUUUUUAUUUUUGUCUGUGCUCUGUAAGUAAUAUGUGAGUGGUUCUUAUUUUAAUGUUUAUAUAGAUGUCACACUUAAUGUAAACUUUUUUUUUUUUUUUUUGUUCAGGAAAUGUGUUCACUUGAAAUGUUCUUUAAAUAUGGUCAUGUCACCUGCUCUUUAAAUAUAAGGUGUGGAGUGCAGAUGAAGCCAUUGUUUUCCCUGGACCUGUACUGACCUAUUAUUCCAGAUGACUGAAUAGUCUGCCCUAAUUAAAAUUUACAAACUAAAUUUGCUUGCUAAAACCAUGUGCACACCAUUCUGAGACAUGGGAGCAACCCUUAAAAAGGGGGAUAAACAUGUUUGUUAAUGAGGGAGUUAAUUGAAAGAUGUCUUAACCUUUUAACCCAACCUGCUUUUGCAUAUCUUUGAAUGUAUAACAGUUAAUUUAGAUAACAUAAAACGCUGGUUCAUUUAAAACUGUUCCUUUUAACAGAUGGGGCUUUAACUAGUCCAAUAUCAGAGAACUCUAUCCAAGACUCCUCCCCCAUGGUGGGUGCAAAAUUUCCAACAACUUCACACUCUGCAGGCAACCCACCUCAUUCCCAGCAGAACCGUUUCACCAAAGACCAGGAUUACCGUCCAAAAACUACAGGAAGGAGGACACCCACUGUGGCAUCUCCUGUGCCUGGUUCAUCUUUUAUGCGUCCCCUUCACCAGAUGCCCGUUGUACCAGUUGUCAGGCCAUCCCACCAGUUGUACCCUGGAUUAGUUCAGAGGAUGCUAGCUCAAGGUGUUCCUCCGCAACACCUUUCUCUUCUACAAGCCGGUAUGAUUAUUGCAAUGUGAGAUCUUUUAAUGAGGUUAGACACAAUUCUAAUUGCUAGCUUAGGGCCUCUGCGAUAGUGGCCCUUAAUUGAAGGCCAAAACUGUGUGGAUUCUGUUAUAGCUAUUCAAAAUGUUUGUCUUGUCAUGAAGCUGAAAUUGGGCUAUAUGUGGCAAAUGUUAUGUAUUUCCUUUUUAAUAGGACUUCUUCCUCCUGGAGUGGACUUAACUUCCUUGCACGCUCUUCCCCCAUCAGUGCUUGGACAACCUUUCUACCCCCUUCCAGCUGCAGGACACCCUCUUCUGAACCAACGGCCAUCAAACUCUCUCCAGCCUCAAAUGAUGCAGCAGCCUCUACAGCACUCUGGUAUGGCACACCCACGAGGGUGGUUUGUGUUUUAUUUUGUGCAUACAGAAAAUGUAAUCCCAAACCUAUAUACAAAGCCCUGUAUAUAGGGACACCCAAUUUUGCUUGGUAAACUCUUGAGAAUAAAAAAUACCUCAAUGUAUGUCCUGGCACUAUCUUGCAAAGUUAGUGCAAUCUAAGACUAUUUCUGUCUACAGUUUUAAUUAAUUUGGUGUGCCUAUUCUGCAUUGUAGCAGUUUGACAGUUAAAAUUACACCAUAAAUACAUUACAUUUGUGAAAGAUCUAAUGGGUUAUGUCAUGUGGUAUAUUUGGAGACUUAUCUUUCAAAGUUGACAGAAAUUUAUCUUCGCACUUUUUACAUGCAGAUUGAAAUAUAGUGGGGUUUUUUUUUUUAAACCAACUCUACUGUGCUACUGUAAUAAAAUACACUAAAUUGGUCUAAACUAUAUCUUCUGACUACAUGAUGACAACCUUUUUGUUGGUUUUUAUAUAAACGAACCUCCCAUUUCAGUUAAAGUACUGCAUACAAUUUGCAGAAGUUGAAACCAUGGGGCCUUGCAUGAUAUAUGUAGAUCUUUGAGGUGCCAUAUAUAAUUUGUGUCCUACUGUAGUAAAAUGAUCUUAACUGUAUUCAGAAACCUCUUCCGAAUAAAAUACCCCAUUUGUAUACUUUGCAUAGUAACAAUCUUUAUCCCAGUCUAAAUCCUUAACCCUUGCUGGCAAUAAUCCUAAUUUGUAGCCUAAUUCUAAACUUAUUUUAAAUGCAAACCUAAAACGAACUUGAGUUUUAUAAAUCUAAUCUUAAUCACAAAUUUUGAUAUUGGGUCAGAGGUUUGCCUCUGCUGAUCAGUACUAAUAUUUGAAAUAAGUUAAAACAAUGGUAUGUUGCUGCCAUCAAAUAGCGAUAUAUUGAAGGGAAAAUUUAAGUGUGUGUGUGUGUGUCUCUCACAUUUUUUGCCUUAUUCCAUUUUAAACAUGGAUUCCUUUUAAUCUGUGUUUGCAGUAUACAACUGCUUGGAACACAAUUUAGGAAAAGAUGCAAAACCAGUGAACCACUCAUGGACAGCUGUUUCGUUGUUAAUGCAACUCUUCCAACUCUUACAAGGAAUCCAUGUUUAAAGUGGAAUCAGGCAAAAAUGUGAUUUUUGUUAAACUAAUUUGCAAAUGCCCACCCAGAAUCCUUUGCGGUUGUAACAUCACUGCAGAUUUGGGAUUUCUGGGGGAAAAGAAAGUCUUACGGCUUAACUGGUGUGCAGAUUUUUGUUUAACAUUGUAUUAAAGUAUGUGUGUAUGCCCUUCAAUAUAGUAUCCCUAUAUAUCUAUCCUGCUCACAUAAUAUAAUAUAUGGGGAUUUAAGUGGACAUUAGUCACCAGAACUACAGCUUAUUGUAGUUCUGGUGAGUAUAGCAUAUCCCUGCUGGCUUGUUGCUGUAAACACUGCCUCUUCUGGAAAAGGCAGUGUUUACAUUGCUCCCUAUGACCACCUCUAUUGGCCACUCUUUAGAUUGCUAUUCGAAGUGCUUCCUGGGUCAGUGCUGUGCACUGACGUUCAGCGUCUACAUGCAGAGCGUAGAAACUCUGAACCUUCCCAAUAGAGCUGCAUUGAUUGUAUGCAUCUCUAGAAAAAGAUGCUGAUUAAUCAGUGUUUUGGCCCUGCCCCCCUGGCUGAGAUCUUUCCUGAUGUCAGCCGAGUUAGCACAGCAGACGUACCCGGCGCUGGAAAUGAAGAUUACUAGUAUUAGGAAAACAAAGCACCCUCAGGGUCCCCCUCCUGUGGUGCUGAAGGGGUUAAAACCCCUUCAGCAGCUUACCUUUUUCUAGCACUGGUGACCUCUCCUCCCUGUCUGACGUCAGCGGAGCCUAAUGCGCGGCAAGUACCGUGCACGCAUUCUAAGUGUCCAUAGGAAAGCAUUUCUCAAUGCUUUCCUAUGGACGCUCUGCGCGAUGGAGGCAUAAUGUGCCGUAAGGUCCGCAAGACAGCCACUAGAGGCUGGCUUAACCCCAAAUGUAAAUAAAGUAGUUUCUCUGAAACUGCUAUGUUUGCAUCUAAAGGGUUAAAACCGAGGGACCUGGCACCCAGACCACUUCAUUGAGCUGAAGUGGUCUGGGUGACUAUAGUGUCCCAUUAAUAUUUUACUGUAUUUGGGUGGGCUUAGAUACUGAUUUUUAACACCUUAGGGUCAGGAAUACAAUUGUGUUCAUGACCUUUAUAGUAUUUAAGUUCCAGUGGCAUGCCAUUACUUUUGUUUCCCCUUAAAUUAGUAAUUAAAAUGAUCAAUCACUUUUAACUGGUCUUCAAAUGGGUGUACCCACACUUUACUGUACCAUCCCUCUCAUCAUAAGAACACUUAUGAAUUAUUUUAAAUUCUUCCUAUUUUACCACAGAAGUGCAAUCCCAGGCCUUCUACGGAAACUGUCUCCUAGCUUGUACUCAUUUGUGCAGUUACACUAGGUGCUUGAAUACACUUGACCUCCUAUGUUUUAUGCUUUAUUUUUCUCUUAACGGUGUUCCACCUACAUGCACCUCACCAUUCCUUUCUAGCAAGAGGGUUGAGGAAUUGUCAGUCUUGCAACAUAAUCCUUCUGUCUGUUUUAACGUGAACACCCUUCAAGGCAACACUAACCUUUGUCCAUAUAUUCUUGCAGGAUCCAGUCAAAAUUUCACAGGCAUACACUCACAGUCACAAGGAUUGUCAAGCCGCCCUGGCCUACACAUGAUGGAGCAGCGUCCUCAGAGAACUACAUCGCCAGUUGGAUUAGCAAAGUGGUUUGGAUCUGAUGUCUUGCAGCAGCCACUUCCGUCUAUGCCCGCUAAAGUGAUCAGUGUGGAUGAACUGGAAUACAGACAAUGAAGCAAAUCUGUGGAGACCUACUUCCUGUCACUAGGCUGUGAUCUUCAGAGUAUGAUGGGGCCUUUCCGAUACCUAAUGCACGUCUGCUCAACUCUUGUGUUUUUUUUUUUUUUGUUUUUUUUUAUUGUUUAGAAUUUGGCCUGAACUGUGCAGGGUGUUUUCAAACUGCAGGAAAUUGGUACCUCGUUACCUCCAUCUGAGUAUCACUGCAAACUGUUGGAGGAAACCACAUCUCACUCUGGAAGCCUUUUGAGUAAAAAGGCAAAUCUUUAUUUUUAUUUUUAUUUUUUUCUAGGAUUGUGACAGAACUCUUGCCAAUGAACUUUUGUGUACAGACUUGUAUAAAGCUGCUUUUUUUUUUUUUUUGUGUAUAUACUCACAAUUAGGUUUAGUUUUGUUUGCGUUUAGCUGUACAGAAGAGAAAGCUGAAUCUUGUGCUGUUUUUGCAACUUACCAAGUCUGAGCUCUCCCUUUAAUUUGUACAUGUUGCUUUACUUUCAAUUAAAAUGCAUACUCCAAUAGAGUCUGGGCUGCUGUAUAAACAUGGUUUUUUGUUAAUUGAUGUAGAACUUAUCACUUCUCAGACAAGAUUUUAAUAUAUACAAACGAUACUGUUGUAGCCUAUGAAUUUAAAAGUAUCCACCAUAGCCAGGAUUACAUGAGAACCAAAACUUUUCAUGGGCGCUAAUCAUGAAAUUAUGGCUGGAUCAAUUUAUAGCUCAGACAGACUUUGUAAAAC